AUUUUAAAUAGGCAGAUGACCUUGGCGGUUAGGCGUCUCCUCGCUUAUGUGAUUUUAAAGCAAAAGAAACCUUGGCAAACCAGUAUCAUCAUCUACUAAUCUCCACUGCAUCGUUCUUUCAAUUACUUCCAGUAAAAGAUGCGUAGUCGUCGUCGUCAACUCUCCUAUGGCAGGAAUAAGCUGUAUUUUCUGCGACUUCGUAGAUUCUGUCAGUUUAUUUUAAAUUUUGGCAAGUAUGGAUUUUUUGAUGGAUGGGUCGGAAAAGAAUCCCACUCUGUCUUGAACACAGCGGAAGACUUUAGACUGCUUUAUUGUGAGAAAGCACGUGUUAUGUGUACUAUGUGGCGUUUUUUAUCAAGGCAUAAAUUUAAAGAAGCAGCAAGAUUGUUAACGCAUUCAAUUCAUGCCUAUCCGAUGUCCCCUGCCUGGGUUUGGCGUGUUGCAUUUCAUAUAUUUCAGUGUCUUAAAGAUGAUACGGGGUUAAGGUCAUUUAACAGGAUUUUGGACAUGUUUCUUUUAAGUGAUGAAAACAAUCGUAUGCUAGAGUAUACUCUGUAUGAGAUGAGCAAAGGAAAUCUGGGAAAUGUUCAAUUUUGCCGAGCUAACAAACAGUUUGUCCAAAAAAAUAAAUAUGCAUCCAGUUACGCAACUAUAAUAAGAGAGCCAGAGUUAGCUCAUAUUCAGCGCCUACAACGACUCUAUGAAGGUUAUAGUUUUUACGGUAUGUGGCUGAAACAAGUCCAUUCAUUGGCUUCGUCUGAUGAUCCAGACGAAAGUCGUUCACUAGUUGAUGAUUUAGCCGAGAAAGCAUAUCAUCGACUUCAGGAAGUUGAAGCACUUGUGUCUGAAGGUCAUCUGUGUGACACGUUUGUUCGAGCUCUUGUUGAGAUAUUAAAAUAUUUCAAUGAGCAUACACGUGCCUACGAUUUACUGCUGGAUUAUGCUGAAAAAGUACCCGAGAAUCCAAAUACUCUGAGAUAUUUAUGUGAAUGGCAUCAACUACGCCAGUCGACAACAGAUACAAUACACUCGUCCAUUGUACUGUCACCAACUCAUUCGCUUAGUAAUCAUACACACAACAAUGAUUCCUCCGCCUACUAUACAGAUGAAUUCAGUGAUGGCAAUACUGAUGUCGACAGAAAAGUUCUCCGACCUGAAUCCAGCAGUCAAAAGAAGUCCGCGAAAGGCAGCAUGAAAAGUUCUAAAAUUUGUUUAAAAUAUCGUAUAGCCUUUUGCAGACGUGUACUGCCUGAACCAGCGCCUUCUCUUCCUGAGAAUUAUGCAAGUAUGACGAAAAAAGAAGUGAAAGGUCUACUAAGAAGAAAUCAUCCUCACCUACAGACUAUAAUCACCUGUUUGAAACGAGGAAAAUAUUCAGAUGCGUUGGAUUUGUCAUUUUUAUUACUCGAUCAUCCAUCUUGGGCUGUUUACUGUGAACCUUGGCGUCUAUUACGCAAGAGUAUAUUGUGCAUUGGCAAAAAUAAUCACCAAGUGCUACACGCCUGGUCUAUCCGAAAGACUUAUUGGAAUCAGUUGCAUUUUUCCAUGUCAAAAUUACCAGUUAUUGGAAAGUCUAUGAAAACUAUGCUAAAUAAACUUGACAGUGUCAAUUUGAUGAAUGGACAAUCGCAUUCCGAGGAUCCUUUAGGCGUAGAAAUGACAAUUGUCACAGAUUAUAGACCAGCUGUUUCCCGAGAGAUCUCCAGUCCAAGCUUAACUUCCUAAAAUAAAUGUAUAUAUCCAGACGAACAUUUUUCAUUUUAAAAGAUUAUUACUGCUAUAUGAUAUGAUAUUUGUACGUAUGCUCAUGAGUUAGUUUAUUGUAUUUUUUUUCAUCAAAAUGAAACAGAUUACCGGAGA